ACAGUCAGAGAUACGAUCUUAUAAAAGCGCCCUCUUCGCUAGUAAUUAGUCCUGGAAGAACAUUAGAAUUCAGCAAAAAUGCCUCUCGAAAGUACGGUAGUUUGUGUUGACACCAGUGAAUACAUGCGGAAUGGAGAUUUUCUUCCAACCCGCAUCCAAGCACAGCAAGAUGCAGUCAAUCUCGUAUGUCUCUCCAAGACCCGCUCUAAUCCUGAAAACACUGUUGGUCUUAUCACCCUCUCAGAUGUAAAAUGUCUAGUAACCAUGACAACAGAUGUUGGGCGGAUCUUAGCUAGGCUGCACCAGGUAUCACCAAAUGGCACGCUAAGUUUCAUCACAGGGAUCAGAGUAGCACAUUUGGCCCUGAAACACAGACAAGGCAAGAAUCAUAGGAUGAGGAUCGUUGCGUUUGUUGGAAGCCCAGUGGAAAAUGAGGAGAAAGAGCUUGUCAAAAUGGCCAAGAAAUUGAAGAAAGAGAAGGUAUCUGUGGAUUUGAUCAACUUUGGAGAAGAUACUCUGAACACUGACAAGCUGACAGCAUUCAUCAAUACUAUUAAUGGAAAUGAGGGCACAGGAUCUCAUCUGGUCACCAUUCCCCCUGGUACGCUGCUGUCUGAUGCCUUGAUGAACUCACCAAUCAUUGUAGGAGAAGAUGGUUCUGGUGCUGUUCCAGGCCUACCUGGGGCAACUGGUGGAGAGUUUGAGUUUGGCUUUGAUCCAUCAACAGAUCCAGAAUUGGCUAUGGCUCUACGUAUCUCAAUGGAGGAGCAGAGACAGAGACAAGAGGAUGACACUAAGAAGCCUGGUGAUGCGCCGGCUGAAAAACCUGCUGCUCAACCUGCCGAUUCCGAGGAAGCACUCUUGGAGCAAGCCCUGACUAUGUCAAACCAACCGAUGAGUAGCUUUGAGGAAACACCUACACCUGACCUUGGUGCUAUGACAGAAGAAGAACAGAUUGCUUAUGCUCUCCAGAUGUCUCUAAGACAGACGGUCGUAGCUGAUCUGCCUUCAUCAUCAGCUGAACCCACCUCCCAAGGAGAAACACCUAUGGAAACUGAUACACCAGCUACAGAUUCAGCAGCCUCAAAGCCUGAUGAUGAUUUCAGCGAGGUGAUGAAUGAUCCAGAAUUCCUUCAGAGUGUCUUGAGCACACUACCAGGGGUUGAUCCUUCCAGUGAAGAUGUACAAAGAGCAAUGGGAAACCUAACACAACCAAAGGAUUCUGAUAAACCAGAAGAUAAAGAAAGCAAAAAAUAAUUCAAGAAAUCCAUGCCGCUAUAUGUAUUUGUUUAGUGUAAGCAGUUUGUAUAUUAAAAUGUUUCAUCUUAGGAUGAAUUGUUAGGAUUCCACAUUCAAGGAACAAGAAUCCAAUCUAUGCCUGAGUUGUUAGAUGCUGUAGAAAUCAUACAUUGUAACCUUUUGCAACAACCUCUUAUGCCCUCCAUGGUUGGGGUCAAGAAAGUAAUUCACAUUAUUUGGAUUAAAAAAGAUAAAAUAUGUUACCUAUUGGGGAUUAACAAUCCAAGAGCAGCCGUUUAAAUACUUAUUUGAACAAAAUUAUAAGGUUAGAAAGGAUUUUUAUAGUUGCUAUAAGCAGAUAUUUUUUUGGUAGUCUAUGUAACUUUGGGUACAUCUAAGUAGAAGAGUGUGACAUGGACAUCUGGGUCCCGUCUUACAAAAGAGUUACGAUUGAUCCGAUCAACCUUAAUUCUAUGGAAAGCCAUGACUGUCAUAAUAUUUUCUCCAAGAAAUUUGAAUAAUGUCCUUUGUAAACAAAGAGAAGCACACUGACAUUUCAAGAAGACAAUGAAUGUAUGAAUAUACAUCAUAGUUAAAAAUAUUUUGAACAAACAUGCAUAAAUAGAUUUUGACAAUGCUGGCUUUCCAUAGUUGUGGUUGAUUGGAUCAAUCGCAACUCUUUGUAAAACGGGGCCUGGAUUUUUCUAGACACAAAUGCUAUUCAAAUUCCUGCUAAUGAAGUUAGACAUGAAUCGUGUUCAAAUCAUGAAUUGUCACUACUAAUUGCAUAGAGGUAUAUGUCAUGUACCACAGCAGAUAAAUUAUACCUGUUCCUUAUUUAAAGCAAUAUAACAAUUCUAAAUUUCAUGCCUGAGAUGAUUGACUUCAAGCUAUAUAAAGUAAUAUUCAACUGAUGUUUAUGCUCAUGUUGAAAUGAGGCGGUCUGUAUUAUUUAUUACAAGAGCUUUAUAACAUGUCAUACAGCUAUGAUAAUCAUCAUCAACUGUUGAUUAAUGUUAUUAAGCUAUAUCUAACUGCAUUAAAUAGCAAGUAUCCACAUUUAAUUUUACAUGUAUAUCAAGCCCAGGUGCUGUCAUUUAAAAGUUCCUGAUCCGUAUCACAUAAAUACUUCGUAUUGCUUCAAAAUUUAUCUAUGAAAAUCAUUGAUGUCACAAUACCUCAUCUAAAAUUGUUUUCUUUUGAUAAAAGGUGAAUGGUUGAGUUGAUGAAAAAUGCAUUAUUUAAUUCAUCUCUCAUAAAUUAUGAUCAUACAAAUGCGCUCUUGGAAAUUAAAUUAUCCAGCAAAUGGAUUACUGUAGUUGGGGUCUAUUUGAAUUCAUCACACUUCAGGAAUCACUUGUGUUCGAUCAAAUCAGUUUCAAACUAUGGAAAGCCCCAGAUACCUUCAUGUAGAAUGCACCUUUGUAUGAAAAAUCAGAGUGAUCAAAGGGACAGUGUAUACGCUUAUAUGAAAAAUUAUUACAUCAGUGACUUUCCAUAGUUGAGAUUAAUUUGAUCGAUUGCAUCUCUUUGUGAGAAGGCGGCAAGUGUGCUUAUGACUAUCUUCUCAAUUGUUGCAAGAGGACCAUGGAUAUGAAUUUGCUGAUAACUUGCGAUUCUCGAUCUAUGUGUUGUAUUUGUUUAUGAUAUGUAAUCAUAUUAAUAAUAUGUUGUUGGAAAAAUAAAUGUAUGAAGAAAAAUAGUAA